CUCUAGCCCUUAUGAUGAAUCAUUUAAAAAACACUAUAGCCAUCCAGAUCGAUAUUCAAGAUAAGAGAUUGAUGGGUGGAAGCAUGCCCUUGAGCAGAUCUGUUGUCGCUCAGGCUGGUCCCUGGAUAUGACCGGAAGCUUCGAAGCUCAGCUAGUGAAGAAGGUCGUGAACGACAUAAUAAAGACACUUGACAGGGUGCCGUUACAAGUUGCCAAAUACCCAGUGGGAUUAGAAACGGUGAAAAAAGAUAUCAUUCAGAAAUUGCAUCUCGGUUCAGCCCAAACAGUGGUUAGAUUUGGAAUAUGGGGUAUAGGCGGUAUUGGUAAGACCACAGUUGCAAAGGCCGUGUACAAUGAAGCUUGUAAUGAUUUCGAUGCCGCUUCGUUUGUAUUUAAUGUCCGCUCCACUAGCCUUACAAAAUUGCAGGGGCAAAUUCUCAAAGAUUUGGUCAACUAUGAAGAAGAACUGUACAGUGUGGAAAAGGGCAAAUAUUUGUUGACAGAUCGUUUGCGAGGAAUCCGUGCCCUUGUCAUUUUGGAUGAUGUGGAUGACCGAGUGCAAUUGGAAGCCUUAGCUGGGCAUUGGUUGUCUCCUGGCAGCUGCUUAAUCAUAACUUCUCGAGAUCGACACAUUCUCAAUGCUGCUCACAUCUCAUCAGCAUGCAUUCACGAGAUGAGCGGAUUGGAAGAAAGUGAAGGUCUCCAAUUGUUUAGCUGGCACGCCUUCCUCAGACCGUCCCCAAUUACCGGUUAUGAAGUGCUCUCGAAAAGAAUAGUGCAGGCUUGCAAGGGGCACCCUCUUUCUCUGGAAAUAAUUGGAGCUUUCUUGUAUGAUAAGCAGAACGACACAGAUAUUGACUGCUGGAAUGAAAUUCUUGACAACUUUACAGUGAACAAAGACAUAUUUAAAACACUCAAAAUCAGUUAUAAAGAUCUUAGUGCUGAGGAAAGAGAUAUAUUUUUGGACAUUGCUUGCUUUUUUAUUGGGGAACGCACAACUAAUCCCAUUCUUUUCUGGAAAUCCAUGUACAAGAAUGUGCACAUUGCUAUCACCAAUCUUUCAAUGAAGCUGCUAAUAAAGAUAGACGAGAAAGAUGUAUUUGAUAUGCAUGAUCUUGUGCGAGAAAUGGGGCGAAUGGUUGCUGAAGAAGAGCAAACCCGGCAAUGGCGGACUGCGCAGUCAAGCAGUUCAUCCAAAAAUGUAAGCAAUAUCUCUGGCCUUCGUCUCUAUAAAGGUGAUUUACGGAGUCUUAAAAUGUUGGGCACACCUCGUCUUCGCUAUCUUCACUUGGAGCAAAUGCACAUAGAAGAUAGCUUAGACAAUCUUCCUCCAAGUUUGAGAUGGCUAAAGGUGGAUUCUUGUUCCUUUCCGAAGACAAUGUACAGCUCGAUUUUGUUCAAGGACUUAAUUUUAACAAUGAAGAAGAAAUUUGCCUCUGUUGUGGACAGCAUACCGCAAUUGAGGAUCAUGGACUUGACUGACUGCAGAUCCUUACAAAACCUCCCUGACAAUAUUGGUCAUUUGUCACAUUUGCAGUCCUUGAAUUUGUCUGGAUGUCUGAAGUUGGAUUGUCUUCCUAACACCAUUUCCAACCUCUCACAACUGCUAUACUUGAAUUUGAGUUACUGUGAAAGAUUAGUAUACCUUCCUGACAGCAUUGGAAACUUGUCACAGCUACAGUACUUGAACUUAACUUGUUGUAGAAUCUUAAUUGAACUUCCUGACAGCAUUGGCAAGCUAUCACAGCUGAAGCAAUUAAGUCUGAGCUGGUGCGAAAAAUUGGAGAGCCUUCCAGAAAGCAUUAGCAACUUGUCAAAGCUGGGAAAGGUUAGACAUGCUGAGGUGUCAUACUGCAUGGAAGUCAAUUCCUUAUUCCAUUUUGAUCCAGCCAAAACUAUGCCUCUUAGGAUUACCUCCCCGGGUGAUGGAGUGGCGAAGGGGUGAACAAAGGGAACGAAGUCUAACAGAGAAUCAAGAUCAAACAGAGGAGUGGACUACUCCAAAGUUUAGAGAAUCCAUGACAGAAUUUAGGGCAACCUUAGCUCCGGAAUGCCAAAAUUUGGAGUCCAAGCUCACAAAAAUCACAAAUCAACCUAAACGAAGACCCGAACUCAAGUUGCCAGGCAAAGCAACAAAAGGUGAUAUUUUUGCAGUGAUUGUUGAUCCUGACAAUAUUGAAAGUGUAGAUUAUUAUCUACUGAGAUGCACACAGCCAAAAUGCGAGUUAUUGGAAUCAGUCAGUGAUGAUGAUGGGAAACAAUAUCCCACUGGUUUUGUUGUUGUUGAAGGCACCUAUUAUCAACAAAUAAAGAUAGAUACAAAUGGUGUAACAUUCAUUGAUUAUAUGCCUGGCCAAAAAAUUCUACACUACAUUCACUUAGUAAUAGCAACAAGAUUGCAGUUGGAGACAUUGCCAAAAAGGGGAUGUGGCAACCAAAAGUGGAGGUUUCCUAUUGAAGAUCAUGAAAUCUUUUUAGAAAUUAUAAAAGAUAGGGAGGAUCUAGAUUAUAUGUACCACGAGCUUUAA